AUGGCGAAAUUGGUGAUACUGAUGGUUCUCUGCAUCUUGCCGGCGAUCGCCAUAGCCGCAAGAAGGCCGAUGAUCGGGAAGAACACGAUGGUGGUCAAAGGUAGCACCUACUGUGACAUUUGCAAAUUCGGCUUCGAAACCGCUGAAUCCUCCUACUUCAUCCCCGGUGCGACGGUGAAGCUGGUGUGCAAAGACAGGAAGACGAUGGAAGAGACGUACACAGCCGAAACUAAAUCAGACAGGAAAGGAAACUACAAGUUCGUGGUCCACGAGGACCACAAGGACGAGAUGUGCGACGUGAUGCUUGUGAAGAGCUCAGACAAGAGCUGCCCUAAGAUCUCGCCUGGACGUGAGCAGUCUCGCGUGAUCUUGAACCAUUACAAUGGCAUUGCGUCGCAGGUCAGGCACGCGAACAACAUGGGGUUCGAGAAAGAAGUCAGCGAUGUGUUUUGCUCUGAGCUGAUCAAGAAGUACCAGGUUGAUGAAGAUGAGGUUUAG